UUUCAAACUCCCAAUCACUUUACUCCUUUUUCCUCCUCUUUUCUGCUUUUAUUAUUAUUAUAACGAACACAUGGCGACAUUGACAACAAAUUAUUUGGAAUCAAGUAGGAUACCGGUCAAAUCAGUGUCAACGUCUACCUUAGGUGGCUCACUCCUACCUCGGCCCACCAAGACUUCAUCUCGCACCAUGCCAACUACGACAACAAAGCAAAGGGCAACCACGACACCGCGAGUUCAUAGAAGACGGACUUCCUCGAGCUCUUCUAGCUCCUCACUUUCGAAUAAUUGGCUUACUAGUAUGUUUUCGCAACAAGCCAAAUAUCGGUUCAAGAGUGCUAUACGGCUCUAUGUGGAUAAUGACGACCCAAAUUGGCAAGUAAGCGAUGACACCAUGCGCUAUAUCGGAACAAAGAGCACCAAAAAAUUUGAAUUUGAUCAUGUAUUUCGUGGAAGUACUAGUAACCAAAAGAUUUUUGAAACUUGCGUGAAAUCUACAGUUCAAAAUGUCAUGAAAGGUUUGAGUGGUACUGUAUUCACAUAUGGUCAACCUGGGUCAGGAAAAACACAAACAAUGGGUAAUAGACAUGAUCCAGGGCUAAUUUCAUUCUCAUUUGACACUCUCUUUGACACGAUCAAAAAUGAUAACGACCAUGAAUAUAUCCUAUCCCUAUCUUAUUUCGAGAUAUCGAAUGAAAUUAUCCGUGAUCUAUUGGUAGAAGGAGGCACCGCGUUGAAAAUAUCGGAUGAGAACAAAAGGAGAGGUGCCUAUGUCAGUUCGUUAAGGGAACAAAUCAUCACAUGUUCUUCUGAAGCUUUACAAUACUUACAAAAGGGAGAAGCAAAUCGGUAUUUACUAUCCAGUAACUAUGAUAGUCAUCAUAGUAGAUCCCACACAUUUACACAAGUGACGGUAGAAAGAAGAGAGUUGCCAUUAAACACCAGUAGUAAUGCAAGCGUUGCUAGUAGUAACAGUAGUAAUACAAGUAGCUCGACACGUAAAACACGAGUUCCCAAGAACAAAAAAAGAGAGACUAUUCAAAUCUCUUAUCUAUACCUUAUUGAUUUAGCCAGUAAUGAUAAAUCUAUAUAUCAAGUCCUCAAAAGCCCAAUCAACAAGAGUUGUAUGGCACUUGAAGCUAUUGUGCACAAUUUAUCAGAAACAGGAAAAACUGCUGGACACCCUCUUCCGCCAUAUCAUGAUUCAAAAUUAACACGACUGCUUCAGCCUAGUUUUAUGGGACAACAUAAUGUGGUGUGUAUUUGUACAGUAGACAUGGACUCUGCGAGUCAAGAUGAGAUACCCACGUUUGAAACACUGAACUUUGCAUCGCGUAUUAAACGAAUCCCUACCUCGCCCAAGGUUUGCGAGAUAUCAGAAGACAGAUCCCUUUUGGUAAGGUAUACAAACGAAAUAACCUUUCUUUCGUUAAAGUUGGAGAAACUUGAAACGGAAAAAGAAAAGCGAAAUGAUCUGGCAAAGAUCAAGUCGGUUCUUGAACAAAGAUUGUAUUGUAAAUCGCAGUAUAUUCUUACCUCUAAAUCAUUCAGUAAACUUCUAAAGUAUGCAAAAGAUGAGGAAGAGGACCCUUGGAAAGUAAUCAAUAAAUUACGAGUGGAUUUCGAUACACUUGCAGCAAGCAGUAGUACCCAGCUUGGACAGCUCAAAUCCGUCAUGGAGGAAACGAGAAGCUUACCCGAUGAAAUUGCACAAUUAGAAGCCGAAUUAAAUAUUACGCGCGCUGAACUUCAGGUCACUCAAUUAUUGGUGAAUGAACGAGAUGCAUUUAGUUUUACAUCAAAGAGACAAUAAACUUUUUAUUUUUCUUUAUUUUC